CUCCAAUAUCCCGUGAUGCCCUGCGAUUGUUGGGUGCGUCGGCAUUGGGUCCUCCUGUAGUCGGUGGUGCGGCGGGCAGUAAGAUGGCGGAAAGUGAUUACGAGUCGGUGCUCUGUGUGAAGCCGGAGGUUCACGUUUACAGGAUCCCGCCGAGAGCGACGAACCGGGGCUACAGAGCUGCGGAUUGGAAGUUGGACCAACCUGACUGGACCGGGAGACUCCGGAUAACAGCGAAAGGAAAUAUUGCCUACAUUAAGUUGGAAGAUAGGAUUUCAGGAGAGUUGUUUGCACAGUCCCCAGUGGACCAGUUUCCUGGGAUUGCAGUUGAGAGUGUUGUCGACUCAAGUAGAUACUUUGUAAUUCGUAUCGAAGAUGGAAAUGGGAGACGAGCAUUCAUCGGCAUUGGAUUUGUUGACCGGGGAGAUGCUUUUGAUUUUAAUGUCGGUCUCCAGGAUCACUUCAAAUGGGUUAAGCAGCAGAGUGAACUCGCCAAACAAGCUCAGAAUCCAGACUCCGGACCCAAAUUGGACUUGGGGUUUAAAGAGGGACAGACCAUCAAGCUAAAUAUUGGGAAUGUACGAAAGAAGGAAAACUCAUCAAUUAAGCCUCGUCUACCAGGUACUGGAAUAGGCCUACUCCCACCACCUCCAGGGGCUAAAACGCCAAUCCUGCUCCCACCGCCAGGGUCACAGGGUAUGAUGCAACAGCCUACGCACUCACCUCCUGCAGAACUGCUGGGAGGCUUUGAUGUCCCAAAACCAUCUCCUGCUUUGGCUUCUCAUACUGCCACAACUGAUCUGUGGGGAGACUUUGCAACAGCGACCAGCUCUGCUACGAACCAAGUGGCCCAGAGCACCAAUUGGGUUCAGUUUUGACAUGGGGCAUCCUUCUGUUUUCUCCUUUGAAAUUGCAAUCCUGAGAGACUAUGAUUGACGCUUCUUUUCUGAUGGGAUUUUUGGAGAUGGAAGCUACUGGGAGUCCGUGGUGUCAGAGCCAGCAGGAUUCUGGACUCUCAGGCUGCAGCCUUGGAAUUUUCAUUUCCAUUAAUAGUGCAUCUUUACCAGAACAUCUGUCCCAUUCUUGUAACCAUGGUGUUCGCAAGAGCCCUGACAUGCAUCGCCAUGUAGCGGUGCUUUUGCUUCACAAGUGAUUGGACUCCAUUUCAUAAAGGUCAAGGGGACACAAAUGUAUAUCAAAAAGGAGUUACCAUGUUUUUGAAUUUUUUUUACACGAGCGUAAUGUGUAAUAAUGGUUCUAACUCUGAAGCGUUCCUUAAACACAUCACAUCACGCUUUCACACAGGCAUUGUAUUCAGUAGAUUUCCAUUCCAUGUGUGAUAAUCUUCCAUUGUAACAGCUAGUGGGGUGAGGGAGGGUACUGUGAAGAACUGAUUUGUACUUAAGGAACAAAGCACUAUGAUUCACUGAAGUCCUACAGAAUCACAUGCCACACGAGGAAACGGGUGUGCAUCAUAUUUCUUCCAAGUGGUGGUUUUGUAAUCAGUGACAGAUUGAUGUGGGUGGUAUAUGAUAGCAGAAGACUAGGCCUUUAAAUACUAUCUGCUUUUCUUUUCCAAAAUAUUUGUCUGCUUUGGCCAGUGACCUUUUAACUUUUGGGCUGACCUGUGAACUAUUUGUGUCUGUAAAUAAGAGUUUGUCUAUUUCAGUAUUUAUACAGAUUGGUGGGAGGGAGGAAAUCCUGCAUUUGCAGGGUGGGGGGAAAUUGGGAGCUGUUAAUGUUAACACUGGGUUAAAAUCAGGGAAUUUCUUUUGAGUUGGAAGAGUGUUCCAAAUAAAAAUGUAUAUUGAAAUUA